UUAUUCACUGCCAUCAAAAACCCUAGCCCCUCGGCUUCUCUCUCAUUUCCUUCGCCCCAACCCUAAGAAAUGGCCGCCGCCGCCGCCGUCCGCCCUCUCGUCACUGUGCACGGACUGGAGUCCGAUAUGUCGGUCGACUCCACCACCACCAACCCCUCGUCGCUUCCCUUACCCGACGUCAUGAAAGCCUCGAUCCGACCGGACAUCGUAAACUUCGUUCACGCCAACAUCUCCAGGAAUGCUCGUCAGCCCUACGCGGUGUCGAAGAAGGCAGGCCAUCAAACCUCCGCCGAGUCGUGGGGUACUGGCCGCGCUGUUUCUCGUAUCCCCCGUGUUCCUGGUGGUGGGACCCACCGCGCGGGCCAGGGUGCCUUCGGUAACAUGUGCCGUGGUGGUCGCAUGUUUGCUCCGACCAAGAUCUGGCGCCGUUGGCACCGCAAGGUCAACGUCAAUCAGAAGCGCUACGCAGUUGCCUCUGCCAUUGCCGCCACCGCUGUUCCAUCUCUAGUGAUGGCUCGAGGUCACCGAAUUGAAAAUGUUCCAGAAAUCCCUCUGGUUGUUUCCGAUUCGAUUGAGGGAAUUGAAAAAACCUCGAAUGCCAUCAAGGCUUUGAAGGAGAUCGGUGCUUAUCCUGAUGCUGAAAAGGCUAAGGAUUCCGUUGGAAUUCGUCCUGGGAAAGGAAAAAUGAGAAAUCGUCGAUAUAUCUCUCGAAAAGGACCAUUGAUCGUGUAUGGUACUGAAGGUUCUAAGCUGGUUAAAGCUUUUCGUAACAUUACUGGUGUUGAGAUCGCCAAUGUAGAGCGUCUGAAUCUUCUUAAGCUUGCUCCGGGAGGUCAUUUGGGGAGGUUUAUCAUUUGGACGAAGUCAGCGUUUGAAAAAUUGGAUGAAAUUUAUGGAUCGUUUGAGAAGCCAUCACUGAAGAAGAAGGGAUACAUCUUGCCAAGGGCAAAGAUGGUGAAUGCGGAUCUGGCUAGGAUUAUUAACUCCGACGAGGUGCAAUCGAUUGUGAGGCCGAUUAAAAAGGAAGUGAAGAGGGCUCCCAUGAAAAAGAACCCCUUGAAAAAUCUGAACACUCUUCUGAAGCUGAACCCAUACGCCAAGACAGCAAGGAGGAUGGCUCUGUUGGCUGAGGCUCAGCGUGUCAAGGCUAAGAAGGAAAAGCUCGAUAAGAAGAGGAACAAAAUCACUAAGGAGGAGUCAACUGCAAUCAAGGCUGCGGGCAAGUCAUGGUACCAGACAAUGAUCUCAGACAGUGAUUAUACGGAGUUUGAGAACUUCUCAAAGUGGCUUGGUGUUUCCCAGUGAUGUCAUACCUGCGUUUGAAACUCUAUUAGGACCUAUUUUGUCUAAUUUGGUUUGUCAUUUUGCUGAAAUGAAGGAGUUCUAUUUUCUUUUUUGGUUGCGGGGGAUGACAGGAAUAAGUCAUGUUGCUUUAACUUCGAGUUUUUCCACCCCCAUGUUUUGCUGUCAAUUUCUAUUGCUAGUUUGAGGAUUUUGCGUAAAAACAGAAUUUGAUAUUGGGCCUCUUAAAGUCGAGUCAUUCAAAAUUUGAUUUUAGUGUCCUUAUGGUUACGAUGCACCUGGUUCUAAAUUUUGAUUUGGUUUGAUGUAGGGCUCCUAAACUUUGCACCCUUUUUGUAGCAGGUCAUUCUCUUCUUUGAGAAUGUAGUGGUUCCAUUAGCUGUUAUAUUCUUCUGUUUUCUGAUUACCCGUUGAUGGCAAUGCCUGGUUUAUUAUGAGGGGGAAUUGUUGGUGUUAUUGUGCUUGGUCUGCUGCUGGGCGGGAUAACGUUAAUGAUUAGAUCACAUCACAUUGGCAUGCUAUCGGAGUAGGGUUAAUCGAUACUUUUUGGUUCUUUCUCAGAUUGGUUAAUCAGUAAGAAUUUUGACUGGCAUGCACUGGUGUGCUGCUGAAGUCGAAUUUCAUCAUCAUGGGCCCUGUUAUUUGCGCUGUCACAUGUAUCUUGGUUCGGAAGGAU